AUGUCGUCGGAGCCUCCACCCGCCCCCUCUGCCGCCGCCGCAGAGGAACUAGCUGCUGGCCUUUCCGCCGCCACCCUCAGCAAGAAGCAGCAGAAGAAGGACGCCAGGAAGGCGGAGAAGGCCGAGAAGGCGACGCAGCGCCAGCAGCAGCAGCAGCCGGCGGAUGCCGAGGACCCAUUCGCUGCCAACUACGGCGAUGUCCCCGUAGAGGAGAUCCAGUCAAAGGCCAUCUCCGGCCGCUCGUGGUCCCAAAUCGGCGACCUCGACGACUCUGCUGCGGGCCGCUCCGUGCUUAUCCGCGGAGCCGCGCAGGCUAUCCGCCCGGUCAGCAAGAAGAUGGCUUUCGUCGUGCUGCGCCAGAGCAUGAGCACCGUGCAGUGCGUGCUCGUCGCCAGCGCCGACGCCGGCGUCAGCACGCAGAUGGUGCGCUUCGCCACCGCCUUCAGCAAGGAGUCCAUCGUCGACGUUGAGGGCGUCGUCUCCCUCCCCAAGGAGCCCCUCAAGGCCACCACACAGCAGGUUGAGAUUCAAGUGAGGAAGAUCUAUUGCAUCAAUAGGGCUAUCCCGACCCUUCCAAUUAACCUUGAAGACGCGGCUCGGAGUGAGGCAGAUUUUGAGAAGGCUGAACUGGCUGGUGAAAAGCUUGUUCGUGUUGGUCAAGAUACCCGCUUGAACUACAGAGCUAUUGAUCUACGAACACCCUCAAAUCAAGCCGUAUUCCGGAUCCAGUGUCAAGUUGAAAACAAAUUCAGAGAAUUUUUGUUGUCAAAGGACUUUGUUGGGAUCCACACCCCAAAAUUGAUUUCUGGAUCUAGUGAAGGAGGUGCAGCUGUAUUCAAGCUUUUGUACAAUGGUCAACCUGCUUGUUUAGCACAGUCUCCUCAGUUGUACAAGCAAAUGGCUAUCUGUGGUGGUUUUGAACGAGUAUUUGAGGUUGGCCCUGUGUUUAGAGCAGAAAAUUCAAACACACACAGGCAUCUCUGUGAGUUUGUUGGUCUUGAUGCUGAAAUGGAGAUUAAGGAGCAUUAUUUUGAGUAUCUUGACAAAACCUUGAAGCUCCCUUAUGAGGAAGGGGUUCAAAUGUUGAAGGAAGCCGGAACAGAAAUUGAGCCUAUGGGUGACCUCAAUACUGAAGCUGAGAAAAAACUUGGUCGGCUUGUCAGGGAAAAGUAUAACACAGAUUUUUUCAUCUUGUAUCGAUAUCCUUUGGCUGUACGUCCGUUCUACACCAUGCCUUGCUAUGACAACCCAGCUUACACCAAUUCUUUUGAUGUCUUCAUUCGAGGUGAGGAGAUAAUAUCUGGAGCACAAAGGAUACACACUCCUGAGCUGUUGGCCAAGCGUGCAACAGAAUGUGGAAUUGAUGUGAGCACUAUUUCGGCCUACAUUGAAUCCUUCAGCUAUGGUGCACCUCCACACGGUGGUUUCGGGGUGGGCUUGGAGAGGGUGGUGAUGCUGUUCUGCGCCCUAAACAACAUCAGGAAGACCUCGAUGUUCCCGCGCGACCCGCAGAGGCUUGUGCCGUAA